AAAUUUCAUGUUAAUAUGUUGCAGGGUUUUUAUCCAACGUCUUCAGUUACAUUUGGUUUCCCUGGGAGUGAUAUUCCAGAAUGGUUUAGCUAUCGAAGUAUUGGAACUUCAGUUACCGUUAGGCUGCCUCAACAGUGGCAUCAUCCUAAGUUCUUGGGUUUUGCCUUCUGUAUUGUUGUUGCAUUCAAGGAAUCUUAUGAUGGCUCAUUUUUCAGUAUCAGAUGUGAGUCCGAUUACCAAGAUCUUUAUUGCCAUUUGGAUGGUUGGUAUUGUGGACAGAAGGGUAAACUCGGUCUCAGUUUUAAUGGAUCAGAUCAUCUCUUCAUGCUGUAUGACCACAGUCUAUAUCUUAUGGCAGUUAAAGGUGAGGAAGCAGAUAAUGAUACAUCAUUUAGGUUCUAUGCUGUAGACAAGGACAAAAAACCCUUACAUUGUUGCACUGUUAAAAAAUGUGGUGUCCGUCUUCUGUUUCCCUAUGAAGAUAAAUCCUGCAGUUCUGCCUUGAUCCAAGGCUGUACUUCUUUUGAGAAUUUUGAUGUAAUCAACGAAGAUAAUGGGAAACCAAUGGAAGAAGAAGGCACAUUUACUAAGAGAUACCGGGAUGACGAAAGCUGCAAUAGGGCUGAAUCUAGUGGAUGUGAAAUUGGUAGCUCUAGCGAAGGGGGAGACCCUAAAAGGAUAAAGGAAUCAAGUGAAUCUAAUGCAGGAGAACCUACGCGAGCAGAAUUGAGAGCAGGCAAAGAAAUGGAAAGAAUUGAGCUUUGACUUGGAAAAAAUGUUCAUAUUCAGACUUGCAUUUAUGUGAUUGUGUACUGAUUAGAGGACAUGCAUAAUUUGACAGACAAUACAUAAUUUGACAGAACCAAUGAAUGUUCAUGUGAGACUGAUUAUCGUUGAGGAAAUGUUUUAUGUUGAAAAGGGCUUUAUGGGGCAGUAAACUGAUGUUAUUUAUAGACUUUGGAUGGAUUUAAUAGAUAGAUAUUGUGUAAGUUCUAUACUUGCUUUUUAAGCAGGAUUUUGAUGUUUUUGCUUUA